AACGGAUAUAGAAACAUAGAAGUGGCAACUGGCUAGCAGUCAACACAGCUUGCUGGUCUGACUGUGGAGGAGCCUAGGGAGAUUGGGUUUUCGUAUUUAUUUUUUCCACUGAGAGGAAUUUUUCCGUUUGACAGAAUAUUGAUGUCAUUUUGUGGAACUCAAAACGGCGGCCGCCGCAGUAAAUGGGACCAGCCCGGUCCCGGCUCUGGUUCAGGUGGGAUGGGGGAGGCUGAAGCUGCACCGUCCGGGGCUCUGGAUGCUGCAGCUGCUGUGGCUGCCAAGAUUAAUGCUAUGUUGGUGGCCAAGGGCAAACUCAAACCGUCACAGAUCGGCACCCCGGGACCACCUGACAAGGUUGUUGGUGUUGGGAAGCCUCCGGUGCCAGCAAAAGCCAAGGAUGACCUGGUUGUAGCCGAGGUUGAGAUCAAUGACGUCCCAAUCACAUGUCGGAACCUCCUGACACGUGGACAAACACAGGAUGAGAUCAGUAAAGUCAGCGGUGCUGCAGUUUCAACCAGAGGCCGUUACAUGACAGCAGAGGAGAAGGCCAAAGCUCUACCAGGGGAUCGACCUUUGUAUCUGCACGUCCAAGGACAGACCAGAGAGCUCGUUGACAAGGCGGUUAACAGAAUCAAGGAGAUCAUCACCAAUGGUGUGGUAAAGGCUGCAACUGCCUCAUCAUCUUCAUCAUCUUUUUCCCCCAGUGGGGCUUCAGUCACAAUUUACCAGCAGCACAACCCGCCUCCUCCUUCACUGCCCCCGAUGACCCACCACAAACCACACUUUCAGUCUGGGAUGCAUUAUGUUCAGGACAAAGUGUUUGUGGGCCUGGAGCACGCUAUCCCAGGGUUUGUAGUUAAAGAACGGGUCGAGGGCCCUGGCUGCUCAUACCUGCAACACAUCCAGGCUGAAACUGGUGCUAAAGUUUUCCUCCGAGGAAAAGGAUCAGGCUGUUUGGAACCUGCCUCUGGACGAGAGGCCUUUGAACCCAUGUACAUCUACAUAAGUCAUCCAAAACCAGAAGGGCUUGCAGCAGCAAAAACAUUGUGUGAGAACUUACUUCAAACAGUCCAUGCAGAGUAUUCCCGCUUCCUUAAUCAAAUGAGUACGAUGAUGCCAACACAACAAGGAUUUACACAGCCUCCAGUGGUGAAUGGGAUGCCUCCUCAGCCUCCUUACUACCCCCCUGCUGGAUACCAGCCAGGCUACCCCUUGCCUGUACCACCACCUCAACCACAACCUGUCCCUCCACCUUAUAGUGUCCCACCUCCAGUACCUCCAACAGCACCUGCAGGAGUACCUCCUCAGUAUCCCCUUCCUCCUGCCCCUGUUCCAGCUCCAGUUCCAGCUCCUGCCCCUGUUCCAGCUCCAGCUCUUGCCCCUGCACCUGCUCCUGUUCCAGGCACCAUGCCACAGACUCUUCCCCCUGUACCUUUUCCUCCAUCAGCUGCCGCUCCACCCAAAGCUCCGCCGCCUGCUGCCCCAGCCAACCCACCACAGAAAAGACGUUUCACAGAGGAGGUCCCAGACGAGAGGAACAGUGGCCUACUUGGAUACCAGCAUGGACCCAUUCAUAUGACUAAUUUAGGUGCAGGCUUCCCAGUGGGCAGCCCGGAGACUGCAGGACCCCCACCAACAAGUUCCUCUGGCUCACCAAGUGAGAGGGACAGUAGGCAGCUAAUGCCUCCACCUCCGUUGCCUGUGAAUGGAGUGAGACCCAAGAUGGAGGACAGAAGGGCACUGCAAGGCCCCGUGGGUAAGGGCAUUAUCCCGUGGAUUGAAACCCUGCCCAAAUCUAAAUCUGCAGUUCCUGACCAUGGACUGUGCCCCCUUCAUAAGCUCUCAACCUUGAUCCAUUCAAGCCUUAAUGUAGAGCUGCAAAGAAUAAAAUAUAAACCUUCUCCUGGGCCACUAGUGUCUACAGUUCAACUUUACUUAACAUGGCGACCUAAAACCCCAGCAGAUGUAUCAAGACACGUCUGGCCUGAAAAGCUUUCAUUUCUUUGGUUUUGAAUAUUGAACCCUCUUGUUUUUGUGUCACAGUAGAUAAACACAGCAUCUCACACCCACACUCACCUCAACCUGGCCCUUAUGCUUCUUAUGAUUCUUGUAGGAUUCUGCUGCUGUGACUAGAAAUCUCCAGAUAGUAAGAUGGAGCCAUGACUCAGCGUCUUUUGUGCAUUUUUCAGUCCUUUUGUAAAGAAGUCUAAGUUGAGUCCACCUUACCGUCCCGUUCUGAUAACCUCAGUCUGGGGUAUCUGUAAUUUUUUUUAUUUGCUUUCCUCACUAAUAAGAAUCUCUCCUGUUUUUGUGUUUUUCUCUUUUUCUCUGUGUUUUUCUUCUCUUCCAUGUAUCUCUGGGGUGAUGCUGGAUUCUGAUUGGGGGUGGGGCACGACUCGUCCCGUGACACCGUCCUUCUGCUCGAUUGGACGGCCCUAACACUGUCGCUCCCCACCAACCAAUGGCUGCUUUUGAAUGGCUGUGCCCCCCUUUUCUACUCCUCUGACAAACUAUUUAAAUCUAUUAACUAUUUGUUUCUCCCAAAAUGUGUUUGGAACAAUUAACUUGCACCUGUCCUAUGUUAAACAUGUUGCUGCUGUUGUUUUUGGUGUGUGUUUUUUCUCUCCCUCCUUCCCCCAAAUGUGCCACCUCUUCCUCUCUUCUGCUUGCUUCCCAUCUUCUUCCCUUAGAGCCUGUAGUGAAGAGACUGAAAACUGGUUUGGUGGCGUACACCGGCGACUCCUCUGAUGAAGAGGAAGACCACUCAAUCUCCAAAGCCUCAGGGCCAGGUAACCCUGGGGCAGUUCCCCCUACCUCCACCUCCUCAGGCUGG